GGACCUCUCUCUUCAACUAAAACGCCGCUGAUGCGCAUUUCAUAAAGAGGGGGAUUGGCGCUUAUCUACUCGUCAAUCCAUGAAUCCAACGAGUUCAGUUUCUUGCCCGCUUUAUUACGCUCCCUCCCUUGGACGCCCAUUUUCAAGUUUCUUUAAUUUGAAAGAAUUUUCGGAACAAAUCUCGCCGAAUCAAACCAGCAGAAGAUCAAGAUGUCGAAGGAACUUGAAGAAGCAUUGCCACAUCACAACAGCAUGGACAUCACGAGACCCGGUGAUCCUAGCGAGAAAUCCUUUGGUGAGAAAAUGAAGAAACACUUCACACAAGAAGUAAGCACAGAUCAUGCAGACAUUCUUAUGUUGUUUUGUUGUCUCAUCACUGGAUUUCUGGACAGCACAUUGUAUAAUGCUUUCAAGACCUUCGUGUCUAUGCAAACUGGAAACACCAUCUUUGUAGCUCUCGGUGCAUCAGACCAGAACAACCGACCUUUCGGUUGGGCAAGAUCGCUCAUUUCCAUUGGUUGCUUUUGCAUUGGCUCCUUUGUCUUCUCACGAAGCCAUCGCUUCUGUGGCCCUCUUCAGCGGAGCACCCUCGUUGCUUCGUACUUGAUCCAGAGUUGUUGCAUCUUGCUAUCAGCCAGUCUGGUUCAGGGUUUCGUUAUCGAAGGCAACGUCCCGGCUGAUUUGGGGAAACAUUGGGACCAGGUUGGUCCUAUUGCAUUGUUGAGUUUUCAAGCAGCCGGUCAAAUCGUCUCUUCUCGCUUCCUAGGCGUGGGAGAAGUCCCUACUAUUGUCAUUACAUCGCUUCUCUGCGAUUUAUUAUCCGAUCCUCUUCUCCUCGCUUCCGUAACGCAAAACCCAAAGAGAAAUCGAAGAGCAAUAGGAUUUACAUUGACCCUCGUAGGUGCGAUUGUUGGAGGUUGGGUCAGUAAGGUUACGAAGAGUGUCAGUCCUAUGCUCUGGGUAGCUGGUGGUUGUAAAAUGGUAUUAACCGUAGUUUGGGGUUUGUGGAAGGAAAAGGUAUAGAGGAGGAUAAUUUCAUCUUUGAUCAGCGGCGGAGACUCGAACAAAAAUAAUAUAGAAGGGGAUGGGAGGACUGCGCGAUUAGAGAAGAAUAGAUAACUUAGAAGUGUAGAUGAAUAUAAAUUGUGGAAUGUCCCAUAGCAUAAACGGGAAAGCCAGUCGUCGUCUUAUCA